GAGAAGAGCUGUUUGACUUCAACAUCUGCAAAAAACUACACGCCUUAAGAGACUUUACUGUGGUGAGAGACGUAAACAAACAGGAUGAAGUGGAAACCUAAGUGCUUUUUCCUUUACGCCAUGUUCCUGUGCGUGUUCGGCGCCGGAUCCAACGACGUGAUCACGGAAAACCCAAAUAAAAGCCCAGACGAGGACGACACUUCCAUCCAAGAGCUGCACCCCCCGUCCGCCCAGACCACCGCCCAGACCACGCGAGAAACCAACUUCUUACGCGACCUGGACACGCAGCCCGAAGACUCCACCACCCCCAGCGCUCCUCGGCCCACCACCGUCUCCCGCGAGACGUUCAAGACCACCGACGCCUCCACCUCUGCUCCUCCGGCGACGACGCAGCCCCCGAGAGCGGCGGAGAGGUUCCCCGCGGACUUGUUCUCGGUGGAGGAGCUGAGGAGAGGCUGGGUGCUUUUACACGUCGCCGGGAUCGUCUACGUGUUCGCGUCCCUGGUGAUUCUUCUGCGGGAGUUUUUCGUCCCUGCGCUCGGAGUGAUCGCAGAUGUUUUCGGCUUAUCUCAGAGCGUGGCGGGGGCGACCGUCGUGGCGGCCGCCUGUUCCACCCCCAGAUUCUUUGCGUUCUUCGCGGGGCUCUUCCUGACGGGGGAGAAGCCGGGGGUGGACGCCAUCGUGGGCUCGGCCGUCUUCAACGUCUUGUUCGUGACGGGGACGUGCGCUCUGUUUUCUCGUGAGGCGCUCCGCUUGACCUGGUGGCCGCUCUUCAGGGACGUGUCCUUCUACGUGCUGGACCUGAUCCUCCUCGUGCUCUUCCUCCUGGACGGCGUGAUCCUGUGGUGGGAGAGUCUGAUGCUGGUGGGCGGCUACUGUCUGUACGUGGUCUUCAUGAAGUACAACGUGCAGAUCGAGAGGUUUCGUGAAGGGCCUCCUGCACAGACACAGAGGAACGGUGAUCGCCAUGAACGAGCACGGAAAGGUUUAAACUCGUGUCUUGUGCAGGAGGCGGUGGGCGACGGCUCAGACGAAGCUUCUCGAAACCACACUGGGAGCCACAAAGACGUGAGGCGCUCGGGCUCUGAGCCGGAGGAGCCGGUCGAGACCGGAGCCGAGGUCCCGGAGGAGCUCCGACCUCUGACCCUGCGCUGCCCCGCGACCCGCUGCGCCCGCCUGCUGCACCUGCUGCACCUGCCGCCACUGCUCCCUCUGUGGAUCACCCUGCCCGACGUCCGCAAACAGGAUUCCCGGAGGUUCGUGGUUCUGUCUCUGCUCGGGUCCCUGGUCUGGAUGAGCCUCUUCCUGUACCUGAUCCAGUGGUGGACUCAUAAGGUGGCAGAGACCGUGUUCGUCCCGGAUCACGUCCUGGAGCAGGCGAGCGCUCAGGUGAACCUCCCCGUGCUCCUCACGGCUCUGAUCACGACUCGCCGCGGUCUGGGCGCCAUGGCGACCUCCAUCGCUUUAGGGAGCAACAUCUACGAGGUCACGCUGGGACUGCCCGUGUCCUGGCUGCUCUUCUCUGCCGUCCACGGCUGGACCGUCCUGGACGUCAGCAGCUCUGGACUCGCCUGUUUCGUCUCGUUGUUUUUCUUGGCGCUCGUCUUUUUGAUCAUUUCUUUUGCUUCUUGUAAACUGAGGAUGAGGAGGAUGUCGGGCUUCGUCCUCGUGCUGCUUUACUGUCUCAUGUUUCUACUGAGUGUGAUGCUCAAACACCACGGGGUUUUCAGGUCGUACUGUCAGGACCUCAGCGCCUGACGCUCCCGUCCGCUCCCGUCUGUCUCCACUUUAAAACCUUUUUUAUCAUUCUGAUCACUUCAAGAGUUUCCAUAGAAACAGUUUAAUUGAAUUUGGCCAACGUCCUGUGCACAUGAGGAACGGGAUAAAGAACGAGUUCACAUCAGGACGAGAUUUUCAAAAUAAAACACACAAUAAAACACGUCCCUGGUUUGUGGAGGUUGGUCAUAAUAAAACAUAA